UGAGAAACGUGUGUUCAGAGAUAUUUGAUAAAAAGAAGUAAAUCCAUCUCUGGCCGUAAUUGGCUGUGGCAGCCACACCCUCCUUAUCCAAAAUCUCCUCCUUCCUUAAAAACAAUCUUCUCUUCUUUUGCUUCUCCUUUCUUUGAGUCGCUUCACUUCUCUUGCAUCCUUCAAACUCAUCCACAGCAAGGAAUGGCGACAGCAGCAGCACCAGCAGUGAUUUCAUGGACAAGAUCAGGCAUUGUGUCCAAAUCCGGACAAACCCAGAAGAAAUCUGAGAUGAAAGUUUCUUACAUAACUGGACUUAACUCAUAUGGUGGUCUCAAGGCACAGAACAACAAGGUUGUCUCAAUGGGAUCACCACUCUGCACAGAACAGUGUUUUGCUAACGUUGUGAUGUCUCUCAAAGGAAGAAGAGGUAAUGGAGGAGCCUUAUCCACCACGUGUAACGCUGUCGGAGAGAUUUUCAAGAUUGCAGCAAUCAUGAACGCUCUUACUCUUGUUGGUGUUGCAGUUGGAUUCGUUCUUCUUCGAAUCGAAACUUCUGUUGAAGAAGCUGAAGCAGAGUAAAUAGAGUAAAUUGCUGCUCUUAUAAUUAUAUAUUUUUGGUUAUUGUUGUUGUCAAGCUUUGGUAAAACUUGAUGGAUACAUGUUACAUUUGUUUAUGAAGAAGCUCUUUUCUUGGUAGAUGAAAAAAUUGGGAAUCCUCACUAAUCAGUAACUCUGCAUCUACUGUUUUAUCCAUGCCCUCCAUUGCUUCAUAUAUCUCUUCAUAUAAUUUUUUUGUGAAACUUGCUUUAGUGUUGAGAAAAUGAACGAGAUUGCUUUUUAUAAUCUACUCCUUUUCCUUUGGACAUCAUAGGUGUUUACAUUGAUUUUAUUAGGUGAGAAUAAUCU